AUGGCAUUCAACAGCACGCUUUCGAAGAAACCAGGUGCAUCGGUGUUCUACCACCAGGUUACAGAAGCAACGUCUACAGAGCAGCUCGUCUCGGAAUACCCCGAAGAGAAACCAGUAACAACGCGAUACAAGAACUGGCUCCCCAUUUGGGUCACCGUCGUUUUGUUGAUCCUCGUGGCAUCAUUCGCAUCCUACUCUCUCCAUCUCUCGAUCAAACUCAACCAUGCUCUUGAGGAACAACGUGGAUACUCCACCGAUUGGGGUACGAAAGCCCGUCACCUACUCUAGAAAAACACGUGGCUGACAUUUCAUAGAGCUGGUACGAGGAACCGCUAAAUUGGUACAGAAGAAGUACACGGCAACCUUCAGAACCAACGACACUGCAGACACGGUGUACAUUGAAUAUGGACCAAAUGAUCCAAAGUACGUCGGAGAACCAUCGCCCGAGAUAGAUGAAGCAUGGCACAAUCUCUUGAAAGGUAAGAAGCCUAUACAUGCAGUCAAACACCAUGGAGAAUAAUGACAUUCUUGAAGGACAAUAUCUCAUCAUUAGUGAAGAGGAAGCUAUGAAGUUGAAUAGGCAUGAUCUCGUUGAAGGCCUUUACUUAGCCGAGUAAGCCCAUCUAGGCCAUUGGCGAUGAUACCUGUGUUGACUAGAUAAAGGCCCGAGGUGAUGCACUCAUUGCACUGCCUGAAUGCAAUCCGAAAAUCACUUUAUUACGGCCCCAACUAUACUCAUCACAACCCUGACGAGUUACCAAAGAAUUACCAUAAGACCCAUAUCGGUAAGCAGGGAUACAACAAUACUGUGAAAAGAUUGAUUCUGACUUUUCGUUUCAAGACCACUGCAUCGAGCAGAUUCGACAAAACAUCCAAUGCGCAUUGGACUUAACGCCAAUACCAAUAUUCGUCGCCGGACGCGAGGGACAUCGGAUUUACGUUGGAGAGCCACAGGUGCAUACGUGUCGCGAUUGGGAUUCUUUCAGGGAAUGGUACACGGUGAGAGGAGAAAAAUUUGGAAACAUUGGCUCGUUCAAAGGAUCUUGA